UUUAUUUUCCUUUUCCUAAAAAAUGGGGAGCUUCUUAGUAGUUUCAAAAAGAAACAAAUUAAAAGAAGAGAACAAUGGUUAUGAGAAAUUCAUAUAAAUGCUUUAUUGCUCCUACUUCAGACAACUGUUAGCUUCAUACAAAGAAAAAUAUAUCUGCAUAUUUGUGAAGGCAAAGGAAAAAGAAGGGACGACAUUUCAAGUUACAUAAAGAUGGGAACAUGGAUAUGGAUAUGGAUAUGCAUAUGCGGUGGAUUCCUAAGUCCAAAAUGGAAAUGGUUCAGAUGGCCUGAGCGACUGGUUAUUUUCACCUUUGGUCUUGUUUUCAGCAAGGGCUUGAUGACUUUAGUGCUGCAGAACCUAUCGUCAUUCCUAACAGAUUCCUUGAAUUUGAAACUAAAAGAAGCAAUUACAAUCGUCAAUCUUCAAGAAGGUCUAAGGAAUAUGUUGCAGAUAUGUGUCGCCCUCUGCAUUGAUGCCUAUCUUGGCUACCGAUGGAUGUUGAUUCUUUCUAGUCUUCUAUAUUCUGCUGGACUUUUCCUCUUAGCACUCUCAGUGCCUGGUGGUGAACGAUGUCCUUCGAAUUGUUUUAAGGAACUAAAGCAUACGAGUUUCUGGGAAGGAUUAACUCUUGUGAUUGUGGGUGGGGCCGCUCAAGUUAUUCCCCUUUACGCCCUUUCUUUCGAGCAAACCAGGGUCGCAAAAAUCCCGGAAGACUAUGAACCAGCAAGGGUUCAAGUUGGAUGCUUUAGGUUUAGGGUCAAAAUAGGAGGCUGGCGGAACUUUCUGCAGAAAGUAAUCAGAUGGCUUCUUUUUCUAUUCUUGAGAACGGGAGCCCUAACAUCAGUCUAUGGUUUUUUCUUUUAUUACUACAAAUGGCAGCAACAUUUUUUCCAAUCUGCCGUUGCCAUAAUCAUUGGUUUACUUUGGUUUCUUUGUGGCUUUCCUUUCUAUGGCCCUCGUCGACUGCAGCGAAGUCCGCUUUCGAUUAUGCUGCAUACCUUGAUCGCGGCUUGGCAGAAGAGGCAUCUCAAAUACCAAAUAAACUUGGACGAGGAAGAUCAAAAUCAUAGUCUUACAGACCAUCUUGAGCUGCUCAACAGUGCUGCAGUGAAAGAGUCACCGGCUGAUGACAAUCUACGAAGGAGAUGGAGACUUUGUACCGUGACAGAAGUAGAACAAACAAAGCUUCUUUUAGAUAUUAUUCCAAUGUCUGCAACUUUCAUUGUGUAUGGCAUGGUGAAGUCUCUUGGUAAUACAUUCUUCAUCGAGCAGGCAGACAGAAUGCAUGGCGGUAUAUCGCUUGUAGUACUUCAGCUGAUCCAGUUUAUCUCUAAGAGGGCUGUCAAUGAAGGGUAUAAAAUGGUGUUCGAGAAACGGAUACAAAGAAUUAAAAGACGGUACUCUGAUGGAGUGAAGAUCGGCAUAGGCAUGUUGACCUCCAUACUAUGCUGUGCUGUUGCAUCACAAGUUGAGUCCAAACGGUUAAAAGCUCUGAAAAAGAAGGGGUUGUUGGAUAAUCCCGAAGCUGAAGCCCCCAUGUCAGCAUCUUGGUUGCUUCUGCAAUUCAUUUUCCUUGGUGCAAUGGAAGGGUUAGCCGGGGACGGAAUCGUCAAUUUCUUCGGUCAUUAUGCACCGGAUUCAAGGAGAUAUGCACCUGUAUUUACAAGUUCACUCACAGGAUUUGGAACAAUACUUAGCAUUGGAUUCAUAGCUAUUAUAGAUUAUUACAGCAGGUUCAGAUAUAAAGAAAGUUGGAUUGGUGAGAGUGUAAACGAAAGUCGUUUGGAUUUAAUCUAUCGUGCAUAUGUCAUGCUCGCCGUACUCAACUGUUUCAUCUAUGCUUAUGUCGCCUCAUCGUAUUCUUAUGAUAAUAUCAUAGGAAAACCAGAAAACGAACAAGAAAUACCAGUCUUGGAAGUUAAACAACAACAAGAAGAAGAAAAAGCAGCAGGCGAUCCGCAGAACAAACAAGAGCAAGAGGAAUAUCAGUUGCAGAGGAUGUCAGUGCGUUAGGCUGCUGUUUUUUUAUGUUUAAUCAUGCUUGGAUGUGAGUGCCAAAAUAUGUAUUCUUUUAUGUGCAUUUUUUUUUUCACUUUUCUUUAUAUAUUUGAGGUUAAUGGCUGCACUCCUAUCAUUUUAACACCCCGAUAUCUGAGCUACAAGGUAUUAAAUUCGUUGCUAAAGCAACUGAAAUUUAUAAUAUUCAAUUCCACAAAUCAAUAUGCAUUCAAUUAUAAGUAAA